AUGUGCUACUAUGGUGGAUACUAUGGAGGCCUGGGCUAUGGCUAUGGUGGCCUAGGCUAUGGCUAUGGUUGUGGCUAUGGCUGUGGUUAUGGUGGCUAUGGUGGCUAUGGUGGCUAUGGUUAUGGCUGCUGCAGCCCACUGUGCUGUAGAAGGUACUGGUCCUGUGGCUUCUACUGA